AUGCGAAAAGAGUGCCCAGAGAUGGAUGCAGAGAACCUGAUGAACCUCAGUGUCCAUGGACACAACCAAACGAUCGGAGCCAGUGGAUUCUCGCCCUUCCAAUGGUGCCGUGGCUCAGAUGCUCCAGAGCCAACCUUACCUGUUGGACUUCGACCUCGUGAGGCCUUUGAUGGAAUGCUCAAACUGAAGGCAAAAGCCAAGGUGGCCUAUGAGAUGGAGUAUGCCAAGUCAAGAAUGAGCCGCCUUUCGAAUGCCACAGGCCGAGCUCCAAACCUCUACAAGACAGGGGCCCUGACAAUGGUCUGGAGACAACAAGGUGGCAAAGGCCGGUGGGUAGGACCUCUUCGAGUCCUCCUUCAAGAAGGAAGCACUCUUUGGCUCGCGACUGGCUCAGCAAUUGUCAAGGCAAAGUUGAAUCAGGUUCGAGCAGUCACUCGGCGAGAGGAACUUCAAGCCAGUUUAGAGGGCACGGCCGUCUAUCGAAUGCCGGUGACGCUUGACUCACUCCUCCGACACUUCACUGGCAAGCACUUCACCAACAUUUGUGGUGAGACUCCACCUGAAGAGAGUCGUGAGAAAGAUGUGAGCGGUGCUACCGUGACCCUCGAGCCCAAAGAGAAGAUGCCCAAGAAUGACCACUGGCGAGUCGAAAAUGAGAAAUGGCUGAUCCGUGUUCAUCGUGCUCCCCGACUCGGUUUGUUCACUCCGGCAAGAGUUGCAUCAAGCCCUGUCCCUGAAGACCGCUUGACAGGUGUGAGGAAGACAUAUGUACAGCCCGCAGUCCCUGGGUCGAACAAGAUCACCCUCGAGGACGAUUUUCGUGAGUCUGAUGAACCUCACCGACAUCUACAAGAGCGAUGGACAGGAGAAACUUGGCUGGAGAUUUCAACCGCCAGCGCAUCCGCACCAACAUCGAGGGGAACCAAGAGACAGAAAGAAGAAGGAAAAGAUGAUCCAUCCCUCGAACAGGUGCCCAAGAAGACUCCUGUACCUGAAGCGCCAGCAACUGAAGGUUUGGCUAUCCCGCCAACUCCGGCAGGAAUGCCAUCAACUCCACGUCCAAAUGCUCAGCUUGAUGAAGCUAUGACUCCUCAAGAACGUGGAGGGCAGACAGUGAUCGGCAAUCACUGUUCAGUGCGUGAAUGCUCACUUCCUGGCGGCCAUGAUGGACCUCACAUCAACCAACAUGGCAAGCGCUUUCAUUGGAACUCAAGGGAUGGCAUCACAAUGGAUGAAGAUGAUGAUUCCUCCUCCAGUUCCAGCUCAAGUUCAAGUGAUUCCUCCGAAGAGAUGAUUCCAGAGAAGAAGAAGCCUCCACCGACCAAGGUGAUCAAGAGGAAAGGAAAGAAGCCUCCUGACAAGAGGAGCGAACAGAACAUGUACCUCACGGUGGAUGAAGACACCGCCUUUUCCAUCGAGAUUGACAUCACCCCCAAGGAGAAGAUUGGCUACACGAGGCUCCAGGCCGACCAAUGCGUGUUCAUCCUCAAAGACCACUCUCAAGAAGAGAUGCCGAUUGUCAGUGUCAUUGGAACCCACGUAGAUGACCUACUGGUCGGAGGCCAAGAAGACAGUGAUGUUUUUCAGAAUGCCUUUCGCCAGCUGGGCGAAGCCUACAAGUGGGGAAAGUGGGAAGAGGAUGCCUUCACCUUCACAGGUUGUCAGAUCCAGUCCUAUGCCGACAAGACCAUCCGAGUCUCUCAAGAAGAGUACACAGAUCGCUGGAUCGAAGAAAUUCCGCUGACAGCCGAACGAAUGCAGCUGAAGAAGGACAAGGCAACAGCCGCUGAGGCAAAGACUGGGGUGAGGAGCCUCGAGUGCAAUUGGGCGCGCAGUAUGAAGGAAAGGUCGUUGGACCUGGGUGGUGAGAGCGCCGGCUUCGACAGCGGCCGAAGCCUGCUGGAUGAGCUGGGCCGUGGCUGGACCAGCCCUGAAGCCAGGAAGGCCCGCAACACGGCCAAGGUCGUGCGGAGGCGCGCGGAGGGCGACUUCGGCGAGGCCCGGCACUGGCUGGAAAAGUGA